GCCACCUGUUCUGAUUUUAUUUCAUAGAUUUCAUAUCAAAAAUAAGUAUGACAUCCAUCUGUUCAGCCCUCACGGGCGAACAGGUUGACGCCUACUUGGAGCGCAUCCAAUUACCAAAAGCAUACCGUCGCGACAAGUGUCCUGCAUUGGAUGUCUCUUUCCUGUCCAGGCUUCAAGGCUAUCACGUUUCAGCAAUCCCCUACGAAAACCUGGCCCUUCAUUAUGCGAAGGAUACGAAUAUUUCACUAGAUGUGGCAGAGCUACACAAAAAGCUUGUCCAGAGACAUCGCGGUGGUUAUUGUAUGGAAAAUAAUAUAUUAUUCCACCAUGUCCUUCUAUUUUUAGGAUUUAAUGUCUACCUCGCCGGAGCACGGCUCUUUCGAGCUGGGACUGGGAGAUCAGCGGGCUGGUCUGGCUGGGAGCACUCUGUGAAUAUCGUUACCCUUAAGCAGCAAAGAUACCUGGUCGACGUGGGAUAUGGAGGAAAUGGCCCCAGAUCUCCUUUACCAUUAGUCGAGGGUUCUAUCUAUGAGAAUAUUGGAACCCAGACAAUGCGGUUGGUAUACGAAACUCUACCUGGCUCCCGCCAACGCCAGUGGAUAUAUCAGGUCCGCAAUGCAGAAGACCAGCCGUGGAUACAAAAUUACGCUUUCACAGAGAUAGAAUUCUUCCAGCGUGAUUUUGAUGUAAUCAAUUUCUUCACCAGCUGCCAUUCAGAUUGCUUUCUCACGUCCCAUUUACUUGUGGUUAAGUAUCUCCGUGAAGGAGAUAAGGUGUAUGGGAAGAUUGUCUUGGAUGAUGACAAGGUUAAGAAAAAUGAAGGUGGGCAAAACGUUCUGGUCCAAAUAUGCAUGACCGAAAGGGAACGCGUCGAGGCUUUGAGGGACCAGUUUGGGAUUGAGCUGACCGACGAGGAACAGAAAGGGAUCCAAGGAAGAAUGUCGGCACUGCGAUAGUUAAGAAUAUCUGAUUAAUAGAGUAAAUAUAGAUAUAG